AUGAGGCCCGCUGCCAAAGAGGAGGUGUUGCCACCAAUCCUGGAAACCAAGCUGGAGCACCAGCCAGACCCAUCCCAGUUGGAGCCUCAAUCUCCAAGCCCCAUGGAAAUAUCUGGAUGUGCCCCAUCAGAGGACGUGCUGUGCCAGGCUUUUUCUGAUGUCUUGCUUGAUGUGGGAGAUGUAGAUGAGAAAGAUGGUAGCGAUCCAAACCUCUGCAGCAACUACGUGAAGGACAUCUACAAGUAUCUGAGAGACCUUGAGGAGAAUCAACCAGUCAGACCCAAAUAUCUGGCUGGCCAGGAAAUCAAUGGGAACAUGCGUGCCAUACUAGUAGACUGGCUUGUGCAAGUACAGGUAAAAUUCAGACUCCAGCAGGAGACCUUGUACAUGGCAGUUGCUAUCAUGGAUCGCUUUCUGCAGGACAACCCUGUUUCCAAGAAGAUGUUGCAGCUAGUUGGUGUCACAGCUAUGUUCAUUGCCAGCAAAUACGAAGAGGUAUUUCCCCCGCUCAUUGGAGACUUCACUUAUGUAACUGAUCACACUUACACAAAGCUCCAAAUCUGCCAGAUGGAGAUGAAGAUCCUGCAAGCCCUGGACUUUGGUCUGGGUUGCCCUCUCCCUCCACACUUCCUAAGAAGGGCGUCAAAGAUUGCAGAGGUGGACUUUGAACAGCAUAAUCUGGCCAAGUACCUGAUGGAGUUGUCCAUUGUGGACUAUGAUAUGGUUCACUUCCCUCCAUCCAAGACUGCAUCAGCUGCUUCCUGUUUGGCUCUGAAACUCCUCAAUGGAAGCGAGUGGACACCAACUCUGCAACACUACAUGGCUUAUACCGAGAGUGAUCUUCUCCCAGUUAUGCAGCACAUAGCAAAGAACCUAAUUCUUGUGAAUGAGGGCAUUACCAUGCAUAAAGCAAUCAAGAACAAAUAUGCCAGCAGCAAAAAUGCCAGGAUAAGUACCAUUGAACAGCUGGAUUCAUCUCUUAUAUGGAAUCUGGCCCACCCUCUGAUUAAAAAGUAG